ACCGCCGCCGCCGCCGCUGCCGCCUGCACCGUCGCCGCCGCCGCUGCCUACCCGCCGUUCCCUGUCUCGCUCGCAGGGUGCGCGAGACAGGUCGGAUAGCGCCAGAGCGGUCUCUGCCCCGAAGGCUAUCGGCUGUGAUACGUGUUGUGGAAGGCGAGAAGGGAUCGGCGUCGCUGGUGAGUCAAAUCUGUGUCCGGAAACGCGCUUUACGAAGCGAUGUCUUGGAUCGAAGAUCCAGGUGUCACGGAAUUCCGAGGCCUCAACCUUUCUUCUCUGGGAGUGGAUGAGGCCUUCGUAAACAUCACCUCUGACAUUCCUAACUUGUGGAUCUACACUCUUUCUUCGCAAUGUUACAAGUGCCCCUUUUCUCGUAAAUAUGAAAUUGAUGACAUCCAAGAACCAUUAAAAUAUUCCACUCGUUAUUCUGAAAAAUGGAGAGUUGUGUCAGAUGGCUUUCCUCCAACUAUUUCCACAGAUAAUCAAAGUUCUGUUCUUUGUGAAGUUGACAUGAAUUUAGGUGAAUUUGGAGUGUAUGAUCUCUGGAUACAUGAUGGAGGAGGUGAAAUUCUUUGUGAAUUUACUACUAUGUUGAAACCUGUUAAUAUAUAUUUUCCUCUAGUCAUAUGUGUUCUUGGUCUUAUUUUACUUUGGGGUCUUGUUGCUGCCUCUGCUGCCAUUGUCAAUCAGUGGAAACAGAAUAAAAAUCGAACUAUUGCUCCUAUUGGUCAUGAAUUAGAAACAUCCGAUGAUAAAGAUAAAAUUAGUCCAAACAAAAAAUCAACUUCAAGAAGAAGAGUUAAAGCUUUGGAUACCUUUCGUGGGAUAAGUAUUGUACUUAUGAUUUUUGUUAAUUAUGGAGCUGGAAGUUAUGCAAUACUAGAACAUGCUAUAUGGAAUGGUUUGCAAUUGGCUGAUGUUGUGUUUCCUUGGUUCAUGUGGAUAAUGGGGGUGUGCAUUCCUAUAUCUGUUACAUCACAAAUGAAGAGAAAUGUUUCUCGAUUCAAAAUGUUUGCUGGAGUGUUAAGGAGAUCCUGCAUUCUUUUUUUACUUGGUGUGAUGCUGAAUACUUUGUCAGUAGGAAGUCACCUAGAAACCUUACGAAUCUUUGGAGUUUUACAACGAUUUGGUGUAGUUUAUUUUGUUGUAGCUACAAUAUCUAUUUGCUUUUCAUGUCGACACUGUAAUACCCCAAAGGUUAAAUGCAUAGCUGCAAUUCAAGAUAUUUUGAUAUUACUCCCUCAGUGGAUUGUUGUUGCUUGCUUUGUUGCUGGACAUUGUGCUUUGACAUUCCUGCUUCCAAUUCCAGAUUGUCCGAUGAUGUCUCACAUCAGCGUGCAAGCUGGUACUAUUAUCGUUGUGCACCAAGGUUGGAAGGGUCGAUUGAUUAGAUGGUGGUUUUGGGGAACAUUAGCAGGAGUUGGUGGAGCAGUAUUAUGUCUUGCCAGUAAGGAAGAUGGAUGGAUUCCUCUCAAUAAGAAUCUC